ACUGGUGUUGGUAGUUGUCUCAGGUGAGGUUCUUUAGUUACAAUGGUGUUCAAAUUGGUUUGCGUGGUCCUCGCUCUAGCAACUCUUGCGACUGCGUCGCCUGAGACGCGGAUCGUAGGUGGAACUCCCACAACGAUCUUGGAGUACCCUUUCGUUGUGUCCAUUGAAUACUACUACCCAGGUGCUGAUAUAAACAUACAGAGAUGUGUCGGUUCUCUAAUAUCCUCGUGGCACGUGCUUACAUCUGCUUACUGCUUUACUGGGGCUAAUUUGGAAAACGCACAAGUGCGUGUCGGAUCUACCACAAGUCUCUCUGGCGGCAACGUCGUCUCCAUUCACGAUGUACUCAAACAUCCAGACUACGAGCAAGCGCCCAGAGCUGGGGAUAUCGCCAUCGUAGUCCUCGCUACUCCAGUUGGCAUCACCGACUACGUCAAUAUCGUCUACAUUCCACCUCAGCAGACCUACAUUCCUGAUGGAUACCCAGUCGAGGUUGUCAGCUGGGGCUUUGAAAGUGAGGAAGGCCCUCAAAUCAAUGAACUGAAAAAAAUCAACUCGAACACUAUUUCUUACGAUGAAUGUCAAGCGGCUUAUGAAGACUCCGAAAGUGUCACUAUUUACGAUCAUGUGAUUUGCGUUGCUGCUGAAGGCACGAGUUUAUGCAGCGGCGACUCUGGAGCUCCUAUGAUCAUUGGCGAGACCCUGGUAGGUCUGUCCUCUUACCACGGUACCUGUGAUGACACCACACCCAAUGUCUUUUCCAGAAUCGACAGGCAUACAGGCUGGAUUCUGGAACAUGCCGUGCCCCCUACUUUCUAGGAAGAUCUGCUGGCGUGCAUUUAGUUGUUGAAUAAUAAUUAAGUACUAAUAAAAUUAAAUUAUUGAUUAAAUAUUUUAUUUAUCGAACCGUCUUAUCAAAUAAUUCUGUCAGUCAUAAUAUUGAUAAUAACACGUCAUGCAAUUUGCAUUGCACGACUUUUGAUAAGAGUAUAUCUACUAAUUAAACUAGGCUUAACAACAAGUAGACUUUGUGUGCCGUGGGAAUAUUGUGAACAUGGCUUCAGUACUUAUUUUGGUAAUCCUCAGGAAUCACACACACAUGUAAAACCCUCGCAUCAAAAUGCGUUACGUCGUUAUAAAGAUCUACCUAAGCAUACAUAUGAACAGCGGGAAGAGACUUUGUUUUAUAAAUACUACGAGUAAUGCCUUAUUUUAUUUAUAGUCA